AGGUUCUUCCUCGUCAUAAAAGUGCGACGAACAACUUCGAUGGCGUUCCCUUCUCAGUGUGCGUUAUCUGUCUGAUAAUUGCGAAUUUUGCAACGUUUUAACGAAUAAGGAUUUUAUUUAACCACUGGGAGCGUUUUGGUAAGACGUAACGUUAAUUAAAAAAUGUAUAUAAUUGUGAGUAUUAAAUACAAUGACGUUGCUUGAGUGUAGUUAGACAUGUAUUACUCAGGUAGCCGAUGUUGACAGUCUACUCAGAACAAGUUUGAAAGCAUUUGACUGCCUUUUUUUGUCAUACAGUCUCUCCUUUGCGUCCAUUAUGAGUGGUGGUUUAGCACCAAGUAAAAGUACAGUUUAUGUAUCGAACCUGCCGUUCUCUCUGACCAACAACGACAUACACAAGCUCUUCACCAAGUAUGGAAAAGUAGUGAAGGUGACGAUUGUUAAAGAUAAAGUCACUCGCCUGAGCAAAGGAGUGGCGUUUGUUCUCUUUCUGGACAGAGAAUCGGCUCACAACUGUGCACGAACCAUCAACAACAAGCAGUUGUUUGGCAGAACUGUUAAAGCCAGCAUUGCAGUUGACAACGGGCGAGCACCUGAAUUUAUAAAGAGGCGCAACUACACCGAUAAGACUAAAUGUUAUGAAUGUGGGGAUUCAGGUCAUCUAAGCUACGCAUGCCCCAAAAAUAUGUUGGGAGAGAGAGAACCCCCAAAGAAAAAAGAGAAGAAAAAGAAAAAGGCCAAGAAAGAUGAUCAUGUUGAAGAAGAUGAGCAAGAAAGUGAAGAAGAGGGGGAGGACCCAGCCUUAGACAGUCUUAGUCAAGCUAUAGCUUUUCAGCAAGCUCGUAUUGAAGAGGAGGACAAACAGAAGAAACAAAUGCCUUCUUCUCAAGGACAUGCUUCAACAUCCGCAGAUUCCAAGAAACCAAGGAUUAAAAAGAGUGCUUAUUUCAGUGAUGAGGAGGAACUUAGCGAUUAAUUUGAACAAAAACAGACAUCACGCAUUUGUCACUUAAAACCUUUUGAUUAAUAUGGACUAUCUUCUGUAAUGUAUUAUUUUUUAGAUUUUUUCUCUUGAGGCAUGUUUAAAGUGCAGCGUUGCAUAUUAUGUUGCUUUUCAUUAAAACUGUUUUUUAUUGACAUA